AUGACCCGCGUACUUUUGACUGGAGGCUCUGGCUUCAUCGCUGCCCAUGUUCUUGACAUCUUGCUUGAGCAUGGUCACUCGGUCGUAACGACUGUCCGUUCUCAAGAAAAGGCCAACAAGAUCAAGGAGGCCCACCCCAACGUCUCCGAGAAGCAACUUUCCUUCGCCAUUGUCGAAGAUAUUGCACAAGAGGGCGCCUUUGACAAGGCCGUCGUGUCAGACCCUCCUUUCGAGGCCGUCGUUCACACUGCUUCUCCCUUCCACUUUAACGUCACAGAUAUUCAGAAGGUUAGUCGCUUCUUUCCACCUACAUGUGAUCAACUAUGGCACAGUACUGACCAUAUCCCANNGGAACUGCUUGACCCCGCCGUUAUCGGAACCACUGGUAUCCUGAAGUCGAUCAAAAAGAGCGCACCAUCUGUCAAGCAUGUUGUCAUCACCUCAAGCUUUGCAUCCAUUGUCAACCCCAGCAAGGGUAACUGGCCCGGUCACAAGUACACCGAGGCUGAUUGGAACCCCAUCACCCACGAAGAGGCUCUCCAGAGCCCUCCUGCUGGAUACCGUGCCAGCAAGACAUUCGCCGAGAAGGCUUCUUGGGACUUCGUCGAGAAGGAGAAGCCCAACUUCACUCUUUCGACCAUCAACCCUCCCCUUGUUCUUGGUCCCAUCGUCCACUACCUCAACUCGCUCGAAUCGUUAAACACCAGUAACCAGCGCAUCAGAGAUAUCUACCAGGGCAAGGCCAAGGACGAGAUCCCUGAGACUGGUACCUUCUUGUGGGUCGACGUUCGCGACCUUGCACUCUCCCACGUCAAGGCCAUUGAAGUCGAAGGCGCCAUCAACAAGAGAUUCUUCGUUACCGCAGGCUACUUCUCCAACAAGGAGAUUGCCCAGAUCAUCAAGAAGGAAUACCCUCAGACCAAGGACUUGCCUUCCGACAGCACUCCCGGCGGCGACUACCCCAAGGACGGUGUUUACGGCUUCGACAACAGCAGAACCAAGGACGUGCUGGGCAUUCAGUUCAAGUCACUUCACGAGUCGAUCAAGGACACUGUCAAGUCGUUCCAGUCGGUCGGUGCAUGA